UGAUAAGCUUAUUCGUAGUGUUCCUAGUAUUAGGUCUACACUGCUCCCUUGGGAGGUCCGCAGCAGUAGACCUCGACCUAGAGAGGGCCGCCACCUCAACGGAAGCCACUCGAGAUUGGUGGCAAGUGGCACAGUUCUACCAGAUCUACCCCCGUUCCUACAAGGACUCCAAUGGCGAUGGCAUCGGGGAUCUGCAGGGAAUCAUUUCCAAGCUGGACUACCUGAAGGAGAUUGGUGUGACGGCCACUUGGCUGUCGCCCAUUUACAGCUCCCCCAUGGCUGAUUUCGGCUACGAUAUCUCCGACUUCUUUGACAUUCAGCCAGAGUACGGAACCCUCGAUGACUUCGACGAGCUUAUCGCGGAGGCCAACAAGCGGAACAUCAAGAUCAUCCUCGACUUUGUGCCGAACCACUCGAGCGAUGAGAACGUUUGGUUCCAGAAGUCGGUGAAAAGGGAGAAGGGCUACGAGGACUACUACAUGUGGCACGACGGCUAUGUGAAUGCCUCCACUGGGGAGAGGGAACCCCCUUCCAAUUGGCUGCAAGCUUUCAGGGGAAGUGCCUGGGAGUGGAACAAGGAGCGCCAGCAGUACUAUCUCCACCAGUUUGCAGUGAAGCAACCCGAUCUUAACUACAGGAAUCCCGCCGUGGUGUCGCAGAUGAAGCGGGUGUUGACCUACUGGCUGGACCGAGGAGUGGCUGGAUUCCGCAUGGAUGCGGUGCCCUGGUGCUUCGAGGUGCUGCCCGAUGCCGAGGGUCGUUAUCCCGACGAGCCGCUGAGUGGCUACACCGAUGAUCCGGACGACUCCUCCUACCUAAAACACAUUUACACUCAGGAUCUGCGCGAAACCGUUGAAAUGGUCUUCCAGUGGCGCACACUGUUGGAUGAUUACCAACGGAUCCACGGUGGCGACACCAGGGUAAUCAUGGUGGAAACCUACUCUGGGUUAGAUUACGUGAUGCAGUUCUAUGGCAAUCGCACCACCAAGGGAGCUCAGAUGCCCUUCAACUUCCAGUUCAUUAUCGGCGGCAAUGGGGACAAGAACAACACUCAGCUGAACGCAGCGGGUUUCGUUAAGAUCAUCAACAGCUGGCUGACCCAAAUGCCCGCUGGUCAGACGGCCAACUGGGUGAUGGGUAACCAUGACCAGCGGCGAGUAGGCAGUCGCUAUGGAGAGAACCGCAUCGACCUGAUGAACAUGCUGCAGAUGUUUUUGCCCGGCGUGAGCAUCACUUACCAAGGAGAGGAGCUGGGCAUGACCGAUUUGGACAUCAGCUGGGAGGACAGCCGGGAUCCAGCGGCCUGCAACUCCAACUCGGAGAUCUACGAGCAGUUCACCCGCGAUCCUGCCAGGACACCCUUCCAGUGGAGCGCCGAGGCCAACGCUGGGUUCUCGACCAACGCCACCACUUGGCUGCCAAUCAAUCCGAACUAUGUGACCGUGAACGUUCAGACAGAGAACUCGACGAGUCCCAGUCACUUGAGUUUAUAUAAGCAACUAGUGGAGCUGCGCAAGCAGAAAACCCUUCAGUUUGGCUCCACUCGAUAUGCGAAUGUGGGUGACAAUGUGGUGGCUAUCAAGAGGUAUCUGAGUGGGAACACCACCUAUGUGCUGGUGGCCAAUGUGCUGGACACCACCGUUUCUGGAUUGGAUGUGGCCAGUCCUCUAUAUACCACUGAAAGCUUCAAGAUCAAGCUGCUUAAUCCGCAAGCAAAAGCCACAGUCGGCGAUAGCGUUACGCUGAGCAACUUGUCUUUGGAGCCAUACGCAGCCCUGAUUUUGGAGUCUGUCUAGAGUUUACAUAAUCAUAAGUUUGAAAAGAAAACACAUAUACACAUACAUAAAGUA